AUGAUUGCUCCUCAGUUUAUCCUUGUGUUUAGUGUUCUGGCGACCGUACGAUGGACUGUCUCUGCGCAAGAGAUUCCGAUCGUCGGGGCAAGGUCCGGCAUCAAUAUGCGGACCGGUGAGGUGCCUGUACGGAGGAAUAUCAACAGUAUCUACAACGAGAGAGGGCCGCAGUGGGACCUCUACGUCGGUGCUCUUAUUGCUAUGCAAGAUGCAAAUGAGACGGAUCCAACAUCAUACUUCCAAGUAGCGGGCAUCCAUGGUCAGCCAUACAUGGCUUGGUCCGGCGGCGGACCGCAGACAGGGGCACACACAGGAUAUUGUCCACACAAUCAAGCCUUGUUUGGGACCUGGCAUCGCGGGUAUCUCUCGCUCUAUGAGCAGGUUCUGGUGCUUCAGGCCAAGCGCAUCGCCUUUUCUUACCCGGAACCUCAUAGGCAGAGAUACAUGGAUGCCGCAGAACGUCUACGCAUCGCGUACUGGGACUGGGCCGCUGACUACCAUGUCCCACCCGCGACGGCGAGACCGACCGUGGUCAUCAACAAGUCUGCUGGCGGAAUGGUGCAGGCCACGAUCGUCCGUAAUCCCCUCUACCGUUUCAAAUACCCCGAGUCGGCUCUCGAUGGCCAGUUUGGUGCCUUCAACGGGGCGAACCACACGAACCGCUGCGUCAAGGAUGGCGAGAGUUAUCCGGCCACGGCCAAUAAGAUGCUUGCAGGUUUCAGCUUGAAAGAGAAGGUGUACAAUGUCUUUGUCAGGGCUCGCUCUUUUGAUGAGAUGGUCUCGGCUCAAAGCCAGGGCGCCAACUUUGAAGGACCCCAUGGCGAAGUCCACGUCGCAGCAGCAUGCGGCCAAGAUCUGGUCUUCCUUUCAACCUCUGCCUUUGAACCGUUGUUUUGGCUCCAUCAUGCCAAUGUUGACCGUCUCGUCGCCUUCUGGCAAGCCCUCCACUUCGAGAACGCGACGAUGCACUUCUCGUACGCCUCUGACACGACGUUCGCCACUCCGGCCGGGACGACGGUCACGCCGCAGUAUCCCAUCUGGCCGUUCAUGGGCUCAGGAGGUGGGCCUCUAACCAGUGAGUCAGUGACACACGUACGUGACUGGGGCUACACGUACGCGCCAAUGCGGUUCUGGGACCAGGCGCCGGGGGAGACCAAGAUGGCGGUUAGUAGGACGGUGAACACGCUCUACGGCCCUCUGGAACAAGAGCAGUGGCAGAGGCGGUGGUUGUUCGGGGGUUUGAGGAAACGCAAGGGGAUGCCUAAACGGGAGUACUUCGCCAAGGUCGAGGUUGAAAGGAGCGAAUUAAAGCUGCCAUGUCAAGUGCAGCUUUUCCUCAAGGGCAGGCUGGCUGGGUCGUUUACGUUACUUGAUAUGCCCAAGCAGGGGAGGAGUUACGAUGAGAUUCCCCUGAGCAGAGGAGUGGAGGCAGUGGGUGUCAGCAGGCUUUCAAUGAAGAGCGUGGUAGGUGUCAUUGGGGACGGGCUAGAGAUUGUGAUCAACAACUUGGAUGGUACGACGCAGUCGUUGGCUCGCGUCCCGAGCUUGAAGAUCGAGGUGGAGGGCGUAGACGUCGUUCCGCCGGAUUCCCUGGACAAACUACCGACGCUUGGUGCAGCGCUGAUCCGUCCCGUGCUGGCGCGACCCUUAGCCACAGGUAAUCAUUUAUGGCAAUAA